AUGAUUAAGGAUGCCAUUGUCAACCUGAAAGAGCGCAAUGGUUCCAGCCGUCAGGCGAUCAAAAAGUAUGUCAUGUCAAACAACAAGGUCACCUUCGCGUCUCAGAGCGCCUUCGAUGCCCAGUUCAACAAGGCUAUUAAGACCGGUGCCGAGAAGGGCGAGUUCACUCAGCCUAAGGGACCCUCUGGCCCCGUGAAGCUGGCUAAGAAGGACGCGGCGGUUAAGCCUGCCGCGAAGCCCGCUGCUAAGCCUACGACCAAGGCUGCGACAAAGGCCACUAAGACCACUGCUGCUAAGGUAUGUUGCCGUCGCGAUUCAGGUUUCCUGCUCUCUGCUCACAAUCCCCCCUCGAAGACUGUUCCCAAGACGGCCGCCAAGAAGGCUGCACCCAAGAAGACUGCCACCAAGGCUGCUCCCAAGAAGGCCACAGCCAAAGCUGCUCCCAAGACAGCUACCAAGAAGGCUGCUGCUAAGCCCAAGGCCAACUCUGGCAAGGUCCGCAAGACCUCGACCGUGGCCCCCGCCAUCGUGGAAAAGCCCAAGGUCGUCAGCAAGACCAAGUCUGGCCGCGUCACCAAGACCACUGCCCCUCCUACGCCCAAAGCAGCGGCCAAGAAGCGAGUCACUAAGAAAUAG